AAAAACAAUAAAAAAAUCAUCCUAGAAUGGGUAAAACCCUAUUCCUCCUCCCCACGCGGCAGAAGGGUUUAUAAACCCCUCUCACCCUCCACUCCUUCCCUGCUUCCCACACCUACACCUUUCAUUAUGGAAUCACUCCACUUACCAAAGCUGAGUUCUCCGCCCGCCGGCCUGCAACGCGUUUCGCCGAUCAAUUGCGUCGGUCUUGGCAAAGCUUUCAUGUGAAGGGUGCAGGCUGAUAGAAUUAUCACAAUCAGGGAUUGUGCUGUUUUUUGCACUGGAAGUGCAUGAAACAGGAUCGCAGAAAGGUACCAUAUGUCGACAAUGGAUUUGAAACUUAAGAGUAUAAACUGGGUUGGGAACAUAUACCAGAAGUUUGAGGCUAUGUGCAAUGAGGUAGAUGAUAUCGUGGGCCAGGAUACAGUGAGAUACGUUGAAAACCAGGUGCAGACAGUCGGUGAAAGUGUGAAGAAAUUUUGUUCUAAUGUGGUGCAAAAUGAUUGGCUUGAGGCCAGGUUGAGUGUGGUACAAGAUAUACUUCCUCCUUUUGUGGAUUCUGCAAAACAUGAAGCUCAAGCAGCUGCUCUGAAACAAAAUGCCACCCAUGAGAAGUCAAUGAUAAACAUUGAGGGAAAUCCUGUAAAUAAUGAGUUAAGGCAAUCAUUUGUGGAGCCAUAUGUAACCAGUCGUGUGAGUAGGCAGCUAAAUAAUGCAUCAUCUUUGAGUGGACUUCAUUGCGUAAAUGAACUUAUACCUGCACCAUCUAUGGAUCCUAUUAGAAGGGCGGACUCUGAUUUAUCUUCAAGACAAAGUGACACUGUUUUGAUGUAUAAAAACCCAGAUGCUAGUGUUGAAGAAUGUGCCCUAGGAAAGAAGCAAUCUUCAACUGAGAUGAUGGAGGCACUCUCUCCCAGCAAGAAAAAUUCUUGUGAAUCAAUAUUCUUCAGAGAGUCUGUUACUGAAAAGCAUGAAAAUUCAUCUGGUAUUUUGGGCGAUGUUUCAUCAGCAACUUCUUUUGAUGGUACAGAGUUCAAAUCCCACCAAGAAGUGGGGUUCUGUUGUGACAAGUUGGUAAAUGAAACUGAAUCCGUUUCUGAUGUUUCAAGCAGUAUUCGACCUUCAGAACUCUUGCCCUCAGCAGCAUCUUACAAGAAUAAAAUCUCAGAAAUGGGACUCACGUCCUCUUUCACUUCCAAUUCCUUAUCGACUGGAUCUGGCUGCCUGUCUGAAACUUCACACAAGGAAUUCCUGCAAAAGGUGGAGAAUAGUGUUGAUAACCCUGCUAAUUCAUCUGGGUGCUAUUCUGGUACGCCCAUCCCAGCCUUAUCUUGUCAUUCAGUCUGGAAUGCAUCUAGCGGGAACCAAGUAGUGGAGACAGAGGCUGCUUUAUCCAGCAGUGUUGUGUCAUUUGGAUCCAAUGUGUUGGACACCUACGGUACUAGUGAGGCAGAGUCUCUGUCUGGAUCAUGUGGAAAUAGGCAUGAACAGCAAUGUGACUCUAUUCAAAUGGGGGGUUUCACUGCCUCUUUAGAAUUUGGGCAUUCAGAUGACUUUGAUGAUAUUACUGAUCCUGGUAUGGUAGACACUGAUUUGUGUGAUAAGGUGAAGCUUGAAGAUAGUUGUGUCAUUGUCGAUGGUAGUUUGCCUAAUGCCUCAUUUAGAGCUCGAAAACCAAGAUCAUACAAGAUAAAAAUCCGGGAGGCUUUUACUUCAAGGAAGAAGUUGGCAAAGGAGUAUGAGCAGCUAGCCAUUUUAUAUGGAGACACUGAUGUGCAAUGCAGCCAACCCGAUGUGCAAAACCUCUGGCCAUCUGUUUCCAUAACGCCCUUGGACUCGAAGAAACGGCCAUUGCAUGAUUUAUGUGACUCUGAGUGGGAGCUGCUGUAAUUAAUUCCCUCGGUCUCUGUGAAUAACUGAUACUGCUGCUGCUGGGUGUUAAUAGUUAUGGUUGAAGUCUUCUCUUUCAGCAUGAAGAUGCACAAUAAAGCAUCCAAAAAUGGUGCAUGAGGAACCAUAGUUGUUUCCCGGGAUGGAAAUUAUUCUUAUUGAUAAAUUGUCAGAAUUUUUAGCCUUUUGGUUACUGAAUGACAUGUUCAUAUUAUGCUCCUAAGACAUGUAGUUAUAUUAUCCCAGCAUUCUCAUUCUUAAAAUUAUAUCCUUCCAUUUGAAUACCCAAAUAUUUGCGCAUAUAUGCCUAAAAACAAAUUAGAGAACAUAAA